UUUCCAUCGCCUUUCUUGCUCUUGUUUACUGGCGUUACUGUGGAAGUAGCCAUGGAUUUCUUCCCAAACUUGCUUCACCUUGCACUUCUCUCGAUUUCCUUUUCUCUCAUCUUCCUUAUUUACAAACAAAAGUCCACUCGUGCCAAGAUCCCACCUGGUAAAAAGGGAUGGCCGAUCAUUGGGGAAACUUUGGAAUUUGUAAUGGUUGGAAGAAAGGGAACCCCAGAGAAAUUCAUCAAUGAUAGAAUGACCAAAUACUCACAUGAUGUCUUCCAAACUUCCUUACUUGGAGAGAACUUGGCUGUAUUUUGUGGUGCUUCGGGGAACAAGUUUCUGUUCUCUAAAGAGAACAAGUACGUCACUUCUUGGUGGCCACGUUCCAUGAAAAAAGCUUUGCUUUUUCCUGAAGCUCUUGGAAACUCUUCCAAAGAAGAAUCAACUAUAAUGAGGAGCUUCCUACCUGAAUUUCUCAAGCCAGAAGCUCUUCAACAUUACAUACCUAUCAUGGACUCCAUGGCAAAGGAACACUUGGAACUAGAUUGGUCUCCUUACAAUAAAGUCAAGGUUUUUCCACUCUCCAAGAAGUAUACCUUUGCAUUGGCUUGUAGGUUGUUCAUGAGUAUCAAAGAUCCUAACCAUGUGACAAGAUUUGCUGAUCCCUUUGCUCUUGUCACAGCUGGUUCAAUGUCUGUACCUAUAAAUUUUCCAGGCACAGCCUUCAACAGUGCCAUCAAAGGAGGAAAAGUUAUUCGCCAUGAGCUUUUAUCAAUCAUCAAACAGAGGAAGAAGGAGCUAUCCGAGAACAAAGGGUCGUCAGCUGCUCAUGACUUGUUGACUCGUAUGCUUCUUGUAUCAGAUGAAAAUGGCAGAGUUAUGAAUGAGAAGGAGAUUGCUAACAAGAUUAUAGGUUUACUUACUGCUAGCCAUGAUACUACUAGUACAGCUAUCACUUUUGUAGUGAAUUAUCUGGCAGAGUUUCCUCAGGUUUACCAUGAUGUAUUAAAAGAGCAAAAGGAGAUUGCAAAAUCCAAAGGUCCCAAAGAUUUGCUAAAUUGGGAUGACAUUCAGAAGAUGAAGUACUCUUGGAAUGUGGCAUGUGAGGCCAUGAGGUUGUCACCACCUGCUCAAGGGGCAUUUAGAGAGGCUAUAGUUGACUUCACUUACGCAGGUUUUAAAAUUCCCAAAGGAUGGAAGACGUAUUGGACUGCACAUUCCACACAUAAAAAUCCCAAAUAUUUCCCAGAUCCUGAGAAAUUUGAUCCUUCAAGAUUUGAUGGGAAUGGGCCAACACCUUACACUUUUGUACCAUUUGGAGGUGGACCUCGGAUGUGCCCUGGGAAGGAAUAUGCUCGAUUAGAGAUACUAGUGUUUAUGCAUAAUGUGGUGACAAAAUUUAAAUGGGAGAAAGCAAAUCCAAAUGAAAAGAUUACGUACAAUCCAUCACCCAUUCCUGUUAACGGUCUUCCUGUGAACCUUGAGAUUCGUAAGUUCUAGAUUGCACCAACCUUUGGUGACACAACCAUCUUUAUAUUUAUGCUUGUAGAUUGAUCAAUAAUUCUUGUCACUUAACAAGAUUGUAUACCUAUUUAA